AUGACCUUGCAACAAGAUCAACAAACUUUUCUCAACCUUGCAGAGACCUUACAGCUCGAAAUCGUCGUCGAUUUCCCCCACCCACACGUCGUUAGAGUUCGCCUAAACGCACCAAAACGUCUCAACUGUGUUCCUGCUGCAGACCAUGCAAAGUUUGACAAGCUCUGGACUCUUUUUGAAGAACUCCCGAGCUUACGUGUUGUCAUCUUGACAGGUACUGGCCGUGUUUUCUGCGCAGGUGCAGACCUUAAAGGCUGGCGCACAGCCAUCACUGAUACUUCUGUUCCUCCAGACAUUUUGUCUGACAAUGGAUUUCUUGGAAUCUCUGACCGAACAUCCAAAAAACCCUUCAUUGCAGCUUUAAAUGGACCGGCCUAUGGUGGUGGCACAGAGACUCUCCUCAACUGUGACAUGGUUGUCGCUGUGGCCUCUGCCACAAUCUCACUUCCUGAACCGCGCCGUUCUGUUGCUGCAAUUGCAGGAGCUCUCCCUCGUCUUGGCCGUCUUCUUCCUCUCCAACGAGCCAUGGAGAUUGCUCUUCUUGCAGAACCUGUCUCUGCUGUUCAAAUGCACACCUGGGGGAUCGUAACUAGAGUUGAGCCAACUACAGAAGAUGUACAAGCCACAGCCUUGGCUCUGGCUAAACGUAUUUUGCUAAGUGCACCAGAAGCUUUAGCAGUUACCUUGAGUGGAAUUCGCAGAGGUUAUGAGACAACGGCUGAGUCGUUAAAGGAAAACUCUAGGCGGGUAUAUGAUUCUCAAGAAGCCGAGGCAAUGAAUAGUUCUGAAAAUAUUGGUGAAGGUCUGGCUGCCUUUGCUGAAAAGCGCACCCCUCAGUGGAAGUUGUAA